CAUUCUCUUUCCUCAUCUUUGAGUGUGAUCUCCGUGGUUUGAAAAUCCCAUAUUUUGAGUGGGUUCCCCUGUCGGUCUAAGGAAAGUUGUUUUAAACCUUUGCUUUGCACGCACCAGAAGAGAACUCAUAAAAAGGAAGACAACAGCAGAUGCAAUCGCGGAUGUGGCUUAGUCCUUGCAGCUGCCCCGGAGAGCUGUGUGGAGCUUACAGUCCUCAGCAAUGAAUCCAGAAGAGAGAAUCGUGACAUGGCUUAUCUCUCUGGGAGUUUUAGAUUCUCCCAAAAAGACCAUCUGUGAUCCGGAGGAGUUCUUGAAGUCCUCGCUGAAAAAUGGGGUAGUGCUGUGUAAACUUAUCAACAGACUUGUUCCUGGCUCUGUGGAAAAGUAUUGCCUGGAGCCCCAAACCGAAGCAGACUGCACCAACAACAUCAAUGACUUCCUGAAAGGAUGUGCAACACUUCAAGUGGAGGUAUUUGAUCCUGAGGACCUUUAUUUGGGGGUCAAUUUCUCCAAAGUUCUGAGCACCCUUUUAGCUGUCAACAAAGCAACAGAAGAUCAGCUCUCAGAAAGACCAUGUGGACGUUCCUCUUCUCUUAGUUCUGCUAAUAGUUCUCAGACAAACCCACAGGGAGCAGUUUCUAGCACAGCUCCAGGACUGCAAAGGCAGUCCAAGGCAGUGGAGAUGACGGAAAAUGGAAGUCACCAGUUGAUAGUAAAGGCAAGAUUCAAUUUUAAGCAGACUAAUGAAGACGAACUGUCAGUCUGUAAAGGGGACAUCAUUUAUGUCACUCGAGUUGAAGAAGGUGGCUGGUGGGAAGGCACCUUAAAUGGGAGAACAGGCUGGUUCCCUAGUAAUUAUGUCCGAGAAAUUAAAUCCAGUGAGCGACCUCUCUCCCCGAAGGCUGGCAAAGGACUUGAAACUGCUCCGCUUACCAAGAAUUACUAUGCUGUGGAGCUUGAAAUGAAGGUUGUUCCUGCCUCCAGAAGAAGCUGGGAAAUGGGGCAAGACUCCAGCACUGGCGGGGGAAGCGAAACUGUGGAUCCAUACGUGUUACAGAACAUCUUGGACACUGAAAAAGAGUAUGCUAAAGAACUUCAGUCUCUUCUUGUUACUUACUUAAGACCCCUGCAGUCCAACAACAAUCUGAGUAGUGUGGAGUUCACAUCUUUAUUGGGAAACUUCGAAGAAGUAUGCACAUUUCAACAGACGCUCUGCCAAGCCUUGGAAGAAUGUUCCAAGUUUCCAGAAAACCAACAGAAAGUGGGAGGUUGUCUGCUGAACCUCAUGCCUCAUUUUAAAUCCAUGUAUCUGGCUUAUUGUGCAAACCAUCCUUCAGCGGUAAAUGUGCUCACACAGCACAGUGAUGACCUGGAUCAAUUUAUGGAAAGUCAAGGUGCCUCCAGCCCUGGCAUCCUCAUUUUAACGACCAGCCUCAGCAAACCAUUCAUGCGACUGGAAAAGUAUGUUACUCUCUUGCAAGAGCUGGAACGGCAUAUGGAGGACACGCAUCCAGAUCAUCAGGACAUUCUGAAAGCAAUUGUAGCCUUCAAAACGCUCAUGGGACAGUGCCAAGAUCUGAGGAAGAGAAAACAGCUGGAGUUGCAGAUACUUUCUGAACCUAUUCAGGCAUGGGAAGGGGAGGAUAUUAAAACCUUGGGAAACGUGAUUUUUAUGUCACAAGUAAUGGUGCAGUGCGGAGCAUGCGAGGAAAAAGAGGAGCGGUACCUCAUGUUAUUUUCAAAUGUUUUGCUAAUGCUUUCUGCAAGUCCUCGGAUGAGUGGCUUUAUCUACCAGGGAAAAAUAUCAAUAGCAGGAAUGGUGGUGACAAGAUUAGAUGAAAUUGAAGGGAAUGACCACACAUUUGAAAUCACAGGUAACCUGACAGAGAGACUGGUGGUCCACUGCAACAACAGUCAGGACUUACAGGAAUGGCUGGAGCAGCUCUGCAAACUGACCCGAGGACCUGCCUCUUGCAGUUCGUUGUCCAAAACCUCGUCAUCCUGCAGCGCUCAUUCCACAUUUUCCCAGUCUUUUAGCUCUACUGGACAGCCCCGAGGACCCUUGGAGCCUCCUCAAAUUAUAAAACCGUGGAGUUUAAGUUGUCUACGACCUGCACCUCCACUUAGACCAUCAGCAGCACUAGGUUAUAAAGAGAGGAUGUCUUAUAUCUUAAAGGAGUCUAGUAAAAGUCCCAAAACGAUGAAGAAGUUUCUUCAUAAAAGAAAGACCGAAAGAAAACCAUCAGAGGAGGAAUAUGUGAUUAGGAAAAGUACAGCUGCUCUAGAAGAGGACGCUCAGAUUCUCAAAGUGAUCGAAGCCUACUGUACCAGCGCAAAUUUCCAACAAGGUACUCGCAAAGAUUCUGUUCCACAAGUCUUACUCCCUGAGGAAGAGAAACUCAUCAUUGAAGAAACCAGAAGUAAUGGCCAGACCAUCACUGAAGAGAAGAGCCUCGUUGACACUGUUUAUGCCUUGAAGGAUGAGGUCAAAGAACUGAAGCAGGAGAAUAAAAGAAUGAAGCAAUGCCUGGAAGAAGAAUUGAAAUCAAGAAGGGACCUAGAAAAGCUGGUCCGGAGGUUGCUGAAGCAAACGGAUGAAUGUAUUCGGGCUGAGUCCAGUAGCAAGACCUCGAUUCUUCCAUAACCAUCACUGUGCAGCUGGGCAGAGUGUGCCUUUAGGGCAUCUAGAAAUGUCCAGCUGAGUGAUUUGACUCAGUUUGCUCACUUCUUUGGUUUUUAUUUUGCGUUCGAGUCUCUCUCUCUUUCUCUCUCUCCAUGUCUCUCCCCCAUACCUCCCUCCUCCCUCUCUCUUAUUUCUUUCUCUGUCUGUGUGUGUGGUAUCUUUGCUUGGGUGUUUGUUGUUGUUUGGUUAUUAGUUGAUUGUUU